AUGCAAACCAUCGAAGCCAAUGACAGCCAGCACUCAUCUUGGAGGAGAUUUCCGCCACCUUGUUCACACUCCUAUCAUGCAAUUGGAAUUUUUUCCCCUCAGAAACCGGAUUAUAUCUCCGCCUUUGCAUCCAGUCAACUCUCAAGUCAUCAAGCCCAAGGAGCGAGCACUACUAUCAUGACUUGUUCAGAUUACGACGAGGCUCGAAUUGCACUUCGUGCAAGAAAGAGCAGAAGAUGGACAAUUAACCUAUCGACUAGACCUGUCGAUGCCGAAUUGACCCCUGUGCAAACCGAUAUUGUUGAAACAAGAAAGAAAGGGAAACAUGCCAAUAUGUUUGACAAAACAUCGAAUGCAGGUCAAAGGCGCGGACGGAUGAACAAUCGUCUGAACCGAGUUCUGCUCGUCCCACGAAACGUGCCUGAACGGAGGAGGUUGAUAUCGCAGACCGGAUAUCCACCAACCGACUUCUUUGGGCGACUAAUUACCAGCUCCGCUGGUGCUGUUGGAAGCACCAAUAAUAAAGUCGUCGAGAAAAAGUACCGUGUAGCGUAUAAGUUCAUCGAAGGCAAUUCUGCCGCUGUUCGCAAACCUCUCAAAGUUAGGAAGGAUCAUUGGAGUAACAUAUGGCAAAAUCGGAACGCGAACUCGGUUGAGACGUCUUCGAUGCAGCUCACACCAUCAAAAAUCACAGAGAAACACUCGAAAGUAGACGGCAUUGCUGCUAACACAGACGAAUAG